AUGACUAUUCCCACUGGCAUGAUUGCGAGCAGUAGUUCUGCCACUAGGUCCCGUGUGAGCACACCAGUAAGGGCACACAAAAGUGCUCACAAUAAAAGGAAAGAUCAGAUUGACACACUUCUUUUGAAAGUGAUAACGUCAGACCUUCAGCCCAGCUGUUCACUUGUAGAAAAUAAAAGCUUCCGAAGUUUAGUGAAAGCUCUUAAUCCACUCUAUGAGUUGCCAAAUCGUGAUCAGUUGUCUGAAAAGUUUUUGCCUAAAACGUAUGAAGCUGUACAACAGGAGGUAAGGCUUUCGCUACAACAUGCAGGGAGAGUUGCUGUUACCACGGAGAGCUGGAUAUCAUGGAGCUCUCAGCAAUACAUGACAGUUACUGCUCAUAUUUUCUCUUCUUCUUGGGAAAAAAAGUCUUUUGUACUCAGCACCACUCAAAUUAGCAAUGACAUGACAGCUGCUGAAAUUGCUGUGAAACUGAAGAACAUUUUUAUUCAAUGGGAAAUUCAUGAGAAAGUUAAUGCUGUCGUAACUGAUAGCUCAUCACUUAUGGCUGAUGCGGUCCGCAACCUGGAAAUACAGCAUGUGCCCUGUUUUGUGCACAUUGUGGACAGAGCAGUAAAAGAGGGUUUGAAAAGUAUAGAUGGUCUCCCAGCAAUUGCAAACAGAGUGAGGGGACUAGUUUCCUAUUUUCAAAACUCAAAUGAUGGCAUGAACAUGUUGAAAGAAAUACAAGGUGACGAUGUUCCUCUGAAAAUGUUGGUGAAAGAUGAGGAAGCCAGAUGGAUGUCAACCGUGCAUAUGUUUCGUUGUUACAUUGAGCAACAUGAAAAAAUUUCAACGGCACUCUGUUUAUUAACAAAGACCGAUGACUGCAUCACUGAGAGUGAAGUUGGUGUUCUGAAAAAAGUAGUGGAAACAUUGGAACCCUUUGAGUUGGCUGCAAAGGAAAUGUGUGUUGAAAAAUAUACCACUCUUUCCACGAUGAUACCAAUGCUAAAACAGUUGCAGGAAUGUUUAGCGGAACUGCCGUAUCAAGAUUUCCCUUUAACCACAGUGUUGUCAACUCAUCUCUGCCGUUUGUCCUUAUCUCUCGAGACCAAUUUUACUGUUGACGCUUCUACCGUGCUGGACCCUCGCUUCAAAUAUUUGCCCUUCAAUGACUACGAGAAAGCUCAGAAUAUAGAAAGGCAUUUGACGUCCAUGCUGAGUGAAAUGUUCCAGUCAACUACAGAAGAUGUUGUGCCUCCGGUCGUGCAAGAACAGCGUUCAGGACAGCAAGCCAAAUCCCUGUGGAACAGGUUUGAUUCCAAAGUGGAUAACUUACUGAAAUCUUCUUCUCCUGCUGCGACUGGCCCAGCCAUAGAGCUGAGACGUUAUUUUGAAAGCAGGCAACCAAGAGUGCAUGAAGUUCACCCGUUUGAAUGGUGGAAAUCGAAUGAAGCUUUGUUCCCGAACCUUGCUAGAAUAGCUCAGCAUUUCCUGGCCAUCCCUGCCACAUCAGUGCCUGCCAACCUCAUUUUCUCAAAAGCUAGCGAAAUCUUUCUGGCAAAGAGAAGCUGUUUGAAUGAAGGUCAUGUUGACAAGAUGAUAUUCUUGAACAAAAACCAUGCGAAAUUUGGUGAGUCAGGUUAG